GCCCGGCCCCCACGUGACUCAGUUCGGCCCCCCAGCGCCCUGCCCGGACGGCCUCUUGGGGCUUCCCAUCUGGUCCCAGGCCCGGGCUGCCUCCCCGAGAGAGCCCUGCUCCCUGGAGGGCCCCGGCGCCGCGCGCUCCCGGGGAUGCGGCUGCGACGCGGGCGGGAAGGACUGGGGCAGCCUGGCACCGUGACGCCAGGGAAUCGCUGUGGACGCGGGGAGCGCUGCGCGAGUGUCGGUCCCUCACCCGCGAACCCAUCCGGAGCGACUCCCGGGUGCCCCCGACGUGCCCGAGUUGGGGGUGCAGCCGGGGCCGCAGAGGCUGCUAGGAGCCGCGUAAACAGAAACCGACCGUUCCAGCCCCUGCUGAGUGCGGGGAAGACUACGCAUCAGGCGAUGGGAUGAACUUGAGGUUCAGAGAGAUCGAGUCAUUUGUCUGAAGACGCACAGACCAAGUUUCUCCUAACACUGGCUGUAAUAAACUCCGGACUGCAGGAUGUGGUCUAGUCUGAACGAGUGGCUGUGGCAGGACCGCUUCUGGCUACCUCCCAAUAACUCAUGGGCUGACCUAGAGGACCGGGAUGGCCUGGUCUAUGCCCACCCCCAGGACUUGCUGGCAGCCUUGCCCCUGGCACUGGUCCUGGUAGUCAUGCGCUUCGCCUUCGAGAGACUCAUCGGCCUGCCCUUGAGCCGGUGGCUGGGUGUGCGGCAUCAGGCCAGGAGGCCAGUAGAACCCAACGCCACACUGGAGAAACACUUCCUCAUGGAAGGAUGGAGACCCGACAAGCCUCGGAUGGCUGUCCUGGCCACGCAGUGUGGCCUCACGCUUCGGCAGACCCAACGCUGGUUCCGAAAACGCCGAAACCAGGACCGGCCUUGCCUGACCAAGAAGUUCUGUGAAGCCAGCUGGAGGUUUCUCUUCUAUCUGUGCUCCUUCAUUGGUGGCCUCUCCGUCCUCUACCACGAGUCAUGGCUGUGGAGGCCAGCAAUGUGCUGGGACAAUUACCCAAACCAGCCCCUGAAGCCAGCCCUGUACUGUUGGUACCUCCUCGAGCUGAGUUUCUACAUCUCACUGCUGAUGACAUUGCCCUUCGACAUCAGGCGCAAGGAUUUCAAGGAACAGGUGGCGCACCACCUCGUGACCAUCAUCCUCAUCACCUUCUCCUACAGCGCAAACCUGCUGCGCAUUGGCUCUCUGGUGCUGCUGCUGCAUGACUCCGCAGACUACCUGCUGGAGGCCUGUAAGAUGUUCAACUACACGCACCAGCGGCGAGUGUGCAACACUCUCUUCCUCAUCUUCUCCUUGGUCUUCUUCUACACUCGCCUCGUGCUCUUCCCCACCCAAUGGAGAAGGACAUUCGCAGUGAUGUGGAGGAGUCGGCCUCAAGCGAAGGGGAGGAGCUUCCGCAGCUCAAGAAUGGAGCAGCUCAAGGCCCCCAUGCAGUCCCCACUGAUGGCCCUCGGAGCCGGGCAGCGGGGCGGCUGGUCAAUGGGCACAUGUUGGCCUCAUAGCUGGCUGAGGAUUGGCUGUGAGGGCUGCCCCAGUGCCUUGGAUUUGUGGGGUGCCUGGACUGGUGGCCUUUGGGCCAGCUCUGUGGAGACAGAGAGGGCCCCACCCCAGGGUGGGAGGAGGGCUGAUGAUCUGUCUCCAGCCCCUUCCUUCUGCCUCCCCUCCCGCCUCCCCUCGGGCCACUAGACAGAGCUGGGGGUGGGCAGCGGCAGGGUGCUGCAGCCCACCAGAGCCAUCCCCAGGCAGUAAGGGGUACAAUAAAACUUGAACAGAGCCAAA